CCAACUAUUAUGAUUUCUAUCCUUGCAUUAAUCCUCCUCUCCCAAGUGCCAUCUCCAACCACGGCAUUAAUCCCAACUCAUGAAGCCUUCCUCCACUGUGUCUCUCUCCAUUCUCCACCAUCUACUAACCACUCUCAAGAACUUCUCUACUUCCCAAACACCACCUCCUACUCCUCCCUCUAUAUCUCCACCAUCUACAACCUCCGUUUUGCCUCCACUACUUCAAACUCAGCAUUGACACCUCUUUUUAUCGUCGCACCAACUCAAGAUGUCCAUGUCCAAGCAACAGUCAUAUGCACCAGGAAUCUUGGUCUUCAUCUCCGGGUCCGAAGUGGUGGCCAUGACUAUGAAGGCUUGUCCUACCGUUCUUAUGAUCACCGUCCAUUUAUCAUGCUUGAUCUUGCAAAGUUCCGAUCAGUCACUGUUGACGUAGAACACGAUACAGCCUUGGUCGAGGUCGGAGCCACACUUGGCGAGCUUUACUAUAAAAUAGCUGAGAAAAGUCCGGUUCAUAGCUUUCCUGCCGGCAUUUGCCCCUCGGUUGGCGUUGGUGGGCACAUAAGUGGUGGUGGAAUGGGUAACCUGGUGAGAAAGUAUGGCCUUGCUGCUGAUAAUGUGUUGGAUGUCAAGCUUGUGGAUGUUAAUGGAAAGGUCUUGGAUAGAAAGUCAAUGGGUGAAGAUCUCUUCUGGGCUAUCAGAGGAGGUGGAGGUGCAAGUUUUGGAGUCAUACUUUCAUGGACGGUACGAUUAGUUCCUGUCACGCCUAAGGUUGCAGUUUUCACCAUGCAUAAAGGUUUGGCUGACGGUGUGCUUGAUUUACUUGACAAGUGGCAGCGAAUUUCUUCCAAACUCCAUGAAAAUGUAUACAUGGAGGCAGCCAUAAGACAACCCAUGUACAAUGGGACCAAGGGAAUGGAGGCUCUGUUUAACUUCCAGUUUAUGGGUGGAUGUGAAGAGUUGCUGGGGAUUAUGAAGGAAAAUUUUCCAGAGUUGGGUGUUGAGGCAAAAGACUGUAAGGAGAUGAGCUGGAUUCAGUCUGUGAUGUAUUAUGCUGGGUAUAGGAAUGGGGAGCCAUUGGAGACACUCUUGAACAGGAGUAGUGUCUCUGGGAUUUAUGUUAAAGGGAAGUCUGACUUUGUGGAGGAACCAAUAGCUAGAGAUGCAUGGAAAGGGAUAUGGGAUGAGUUUGUUGGAGUGAGUGGCAGGUCAUUGCUCAUGUACAUGGCUCCAUAUGGUGGCAAGAUGGAUGAAAUUCCAGAGUCUGAAACUCCAUUUCCACAUAGGAAGGGUAGCUUGUAUAACAUACAGUACCUUGUGGCCUGGAGAAAUGGUAGUGCUAAUGAGUCUGAUGAGAGUUUGAGGGUGAUUAGGAGAUUGUACAAACAUAUGAGACCUUAUGUUUCCAAGAACCCCAGGGCUGCAUACGUGAACUUUAGAGAUCUAGAUCUGGGGAUGAAUAAGGAUGCCAUAAGCUACUCAGGAGCUAAAGUUUGGGGAAAACACUACUUCAAAAGCAAUUUCAAGAGGUUGGCCCUUGUGAAAGGUCAGGUUGAUUCUGAGAAUUUUUUUAGGAAUGAGCAAAGUAUUCCUCCACUUUACAGGUCAGAAUGAUGAGACAUUUUCAUAUGAUAAAAUCAUGUAUUAGUUUUCUAGUUAAAUUUUCUUUUCCUUUUUUUUUUAUGCAUCGAACUUCAUUGUUUGUAUAUGCUAAUAAAUAAUUUGUAAUUUAAGUUUCAUUAUAUUUGUAUUUGUAUUUCUAAGCACCACUCAA